AUGGCGGUUGUGGCUGAGAAGGAGCCUGAGGCUGUUGAGAUGCAGAAGGUUGCGGAGGCUUCGGAUGCUCCUCGCACGAAUGUUGCCGCUGCCUCUUCCACUCCAGAGACUGCGGUGGAGGAAGCGAAGAUUGUCCAGUCCGAGGAGGCCGUGGCUGCGGUGAAGGAAGCGAAGACCGUCCAGUCCGAUGAGGUCGCGGAGGCGAAGCACCCCCAGGAGCCUGCCGAUUCCGCGGAAGCGAAGAAGCCGAAGACUGCGAAGAAGCCCGAGAUGUGUCUCAAUGAGAAGGCCGUGCAGAUGUGCAUCCUCAGUCGACCCAGAUAUUUGUUCAAGUGCAUCCACAUGCUGAUCCAGAUGCCGGCGUCGCAUAAAGAGGCUGCUGUGAGAAAAUUUGCGAAGAUGGACGACCUCUCAAUGAAAUGCGCGCAAUCAUUGCUCCGCGUGCUCGACUUCCUCUGCGACGAGGCUUCGGAUGACUACAUCCUGGAGCUCGAGUCCUGCUUGAACCGCCGUGUGACAGAAUGCCUCCAUGACUUUGAGCAGGCGACGCAUUGCUGGUCAACAUCAUGGGCCAAAGUGUUGUCCGUAACGGUGUCCCGCUUGCAGAAUAAGGCCGACGCGGACUACGAUGCUGAAUCCAUGAUGAAGGUGCUCCCUGCUAUCAAAGCUGUGCUCAAGGCCACCGUGCCCUUGCCUGAUAGGGGAGCAGACGGCAAAGAAGGUCAGGAAGCGGCUUCUAGCAACGUUGACCCCGCGACUGGUGGUGCAAACGCAACCGACCAACCGCCCAGCUUGCAGAGCAUCUACGACAUCGAUGCUGUGGGGUCCAGCGGGACAACCGUCCUGGAUAUCAUGUCCAUCCAAUCGCAGGUGGAAGCCCAUCUGAUGCUUUGGGCAGGGCAGAAGUCCUCUGCGGAGCUGCUGCGCAUCAUGGUCGCGGAUCAGAAGAGCAACGUCAUGAUCAAGAUGCAGAACCUGGAGCCCACACUGGGUGGGGCGAAAAUCUUCGCCUUCGGACGUGUGAGCACGGAGCGAAGUGUGAAGUCCGUGAAGGUCGCAUCGGCGACUUUCGGAACGCUAGACAUCGACUUUUGGAUGAGCGGAGACGGAUAUAACCGAGCCACAUCUUUGUGCCCGUGCGCGGUGUGGCUUGUCAAACCGGGCUACGACUUGAAACGAGCGAUGUUUGAUUGCAUCUACGAUGAAGAUGUCAUCGAGUUUCCGGACUCGCCGGAAGCCCAGACUUUAGACCUUACUCACGUUCACAUGCGCUAUCAUUACAUUGAGCUGCGCACGCAGGCAGGUACGGCGAUUGAGACGCUAGUGCAGAAGGGCACGGACCCAGACACCUCGCUUCUUUGCACACGUGCCUGGAUGGCUCAUGAGAAGGAUCCCAAGCACAAACUCGGGGGUGGCUCGAACCCCCCGUGGAAGAAGGUGGCUUCUCCGGAUGAGCCGAUGAAAGCAGAGCCAUCAGCUGAUGAAAAGCUGUUGAUGGACAUCAAUGCUCCACGCCAUUGUGCCCAUUUGCUGAAGUGA